GAGAGGAAAACACGGCUUUCAGGUUGGUUUCUUCCCGAGCGACUGCGUCGAGCUGAUCAACGACAAGCUCCCUCCCAGUGUUCAAAGCUCGGUUCCCAAACCAGUGUGUAAGAAGCACGGCAAGCUGGUGACCUUCCUGAGGACUUUCAUGAAGUCGCGGCCGCCGCCGCAGAAGCUUCGCCAGCGCGGCAUCCUCAGGGAGCGAGUGUUUGGCUGCGACCUGGGCGAACACCUCCACAGCUCGGAACACGAAGUCCCUCAGGUUGUAAAGAGCUGUGCCGAGUUCAUCGAGAAGCACGGCGUGGUGGACGGAAUCUACAGGCUGUCUGGAAUCUCCUCCAACAUCCAGAAACUCAGGUUUGGUUUGCUACUUGAUGAUACAUUUCUAUCAUCAAGAAUCCCUUUUUACCAAUGCUUGAAAAUGCUGAAGGAUUCCGCUCAACGACAUUGCAUUCUUCCUUCCUUUCUGCAUUUUUUUUUCAUCUAAAAUGACAAAUUUUUGAUGUUACAUUAUCCUGAGUACUCCCGCUGUUAUUUUUUUUCCUAUCUACAGUUAUGUAUGCUGUGUACAUUAUCUUUUAAAUAACACUCAAACAUGA